GUUGUUGGUCGUCUUUGAAUUGAAAGGAAACUAAAACCAUAUGAAAAGUGCUGAUUUAACAAUAAUUAAAUAGCCCCACUGCAGGUUUCAGUAGAAAAGCACCUCAAAUCAAACGUCAAUAAGAACAGGACAACUGGUUUGAAAGAUAACACUUUGAAUAUUCAAUCAGGUGUCAGUACUGUAAAACGGAAAGGUGGUUCCAAAGAUCUAACCAUCUGUGAUUAGAACUCAUGUCAUGGCACAGUGCGGUAGUUGUUGUUAACAGACCUAAUUCUUCUUUAAAAGCUGCUCCUCCCAGUCUUGUGCCUGUGGUGACGUUUUCUGAGUUCUCCUGAACCGCAACAUACCGAGACCUCGCUCAAAUUGCAGCGAGAUCCAAAGUAUCCCACACGAGUUAGCACCAAUGUAUGGGACAACAAUGACAAAUAAACACAUCGAUCAACCCUCCGCUUCCUAGCAAUGACACCUGGAAAGAAACUCAGGGAUCCGCACACUUGGGAGAUGUACUUGUGAAAGAGACUUCAAAAAUGCUUUGGUGCCACUGCUGAUGCCAUAAUGAGAACCUAUACCCGCGGGGCACCAACAGUGUUUUUCAUACAUCUGAUCUGCUCCUUGUUGGCUCUCCCAGUUGAUGAAAACCAUGGUGCUGGAAUUCCCUUCCAAAAUGGAAAUUAUGACGGCCACCCCAUGCUUUACUUCAAUAAGGGAGAGGUGGAGGACCUGCAGCUUAAAGCUCAGGGCACCCACCGACACAUAGCAAGCAAGAUCCAGGAGGCUGGGCAGACCAUGCUGGCUACCCCAAAGGAAUACCUCCCUCCCUGGGAACCAGCGGAUUUUAGUGCUCGAUGGAAUGAGAUCUACGGGAACAACCUCGGGGUGCUGUCCAUGUUCUGUGUGCUUUAUCCCGAGACCACAGGGGCGUUGGAGCUGGCUAAAGACUACAUGGAGAGGAUGGCAGCUCAGCCUAGUUGGUUGGUAAAAGAUGCUCCUUGGGAUGAAGUACCUCUAGCUCACUCACUUGUUGGAUUUUCUACUGCAUACGACUUUCUUUACAACCACCUGAGCAAAUCCCAGCAGCACAGGUUUCUGGAGGUGAUUGCCAAUGCCUCCAGGUACAUGUAUGACAAGUCGUACAGCCAAGGAUGGGGGUUUCAGUAUCUGCACAAUCACCAACCUACUAACUGCGUGGCCCUAUUGACAGGAAGCCUUGUACUAAUGAACCAAGGGUACCUUCAGGAAGCCUACUUGUGGACCAAGCAAGUUUUUGCAAUAAUGGAGAAGUCACUGGUACUCCUGCAAGAUGUUACUGAUGGAUCCUUGUAUGAAGGAGUGGCUUAUGGGACCUACACCACCAGAUCCCUCUUUCAGUACAUGUUCCUGGUCCAGAGACACUUUGACAUCAGCCACUUUGACCACCCCUGGAUCAAACAGCACUUUGCCUUCAUGUAUCGAACUAUCUUGCCAGGCUUUCAAAGGAGUGUGGCCAUUGCAGACUCCAACUACAACUGGUUCUACGGACCCGAGAGUCAGCUGGUAUUCAUGGAUAAUUACAUCAUGCGCAAUGGAAGCGGGAACUGGCUGGCACAGAUGAUCCGUCAGAAUCGAGUGGUUGAAGGGCCCGGUUUGGCAGGGAAGGGCCAACGGUGGUGCACGCUUCACACUGAGUUCCUCUGGUAUAAUGCCUCUUUGGCGCCAAUGCCCCCUCCAGAUUUUGAAAGAUCAAGACUGCACUUCUUUGAAGAUUGGGGAGUUGUUACCUAUGGAAGCUCACUACCAGCUCAAAUCAACAAUACCUUCUUGUCCUUCAAAUCUGGAAAGCUGGGGGGGCGUGCAAUAUUUGACAUUGUGCACCAGAACAAGUACAAAGAGUGGAUCAAAGGGUGGAGGAACUUCAAUGCUGGUCACGAGCACCCAGACCAGAACUCCUUUACAUUUGCACCCAACGGCGUGCCUUUCAUAACUGAAGCCCUGUAUGGGCCGAAGUACACUUUCCUGAACAACGCCUUAAUGUUUUCCCCUGCUGUUUCCGAGAGCUGCUUUGCACCAUGGGAAGGUCAGAUGACUGAAGCCUGCAAUUCCAAGUGGCUCAAGUAUAAACAUGGGCUUGCUGGAGACUCACAGGGCAGGGUGCUGGCAGCUCUGGAGAGGAAAGGAAUGGUAUUUAUUCGAGGUGAGGGAAUGAGUGCCUAUAACCCUGCUCUGAAGAUAAGGAGCGUGCAGAGGAACCUGCUUCUUCUGCACCCUCAGCUAUUGCUCCUGGUGGAUCAAAUCCACUUAGAGGAAGACAGUCCCGUUGAAUCAGCCAGUUCUUACUUUCACAAUACUGAUAUGCCCUUUGAGGAGACAGCAAUAGAAGGGGUCCAUGGAGCCUUUAUUAGACAUAAGGAUGGAUUGUAUAAAAUGUUUUGGAUGGAUGACACUGGCUACAGUGAUAAAGGAGUUCUGGGGUACAGGGAUUAUCCACAUGGUUACCCAUACAAUGGAUCUAACUAUGUGAAUGUGACUAUGCCACUGAAGAACUCGUUAACCAGGGUGGCAUACAUCUUUUUUGGGCCUGAUGUGGACGUUCAGAGUUUUAGUAUUCGUGGGGAUGCACAACGAGUGGACAUUUAUUUGGUGGCAAAUGAGCACACAUACACAGUAUACCUUCUCACGGGGGAGGUGGUCAGCAAACCACUCUUUGCCAUGGUGCUCGCUGACCAUCAAAAGAUUGUCUUUGAGAGGGCGGCAGGUGUCAAGGAUGCCCCGCCUCCGGAGGUGAGCAACUAUUUGGGCCUUGUUGAAGACAAUCUCCAACAUGUCAAACCCGUCUUCCAGCAGCUCGAAAAGCAGAUCCUGGCCCGUGUUCUGAACACUGACAAUUUCAGGAAAACAGCAGAGCGGCUUCUGCAGUUUUCAGACAAGAAAAAAACGGAAGAAGUCAUUGAGAAAAUGUUUACUCUCUCCCGGAAGCAGGGCAGAGCCAAAAAUGCUGGAAAAGGAAGUCUAACAAACAGAUUUUCAGAGAGCCUGCCUGACAUUUUUGCUCAAAUUGAGUUGGCUGAAAAGAAGCAGAGGCAAAAAAGCAGGAAGAAGGUACAUGAAGAAAACCCAGAAGAAGGGGAAGGGGAUGCAAGAGAUUUCCUGGACUAUAGUGACCUUCGCCGUGCAAAAGGCAGAAAGGUUGGGUAUGUAAAAAGUCUUAGAUAUAAAGAAGUUCCAAUGGAUUCCAUUGUGAGAAGCACUGAGUCCACAAUCUCAGCUUCCUACAUCAGGCUCUUCCUGAUUUUGAAUAUUGCCACAUUUUUUUUGUUGUUGACAUUACUCUUGACUCAAUUUCAGAAGACCCAAAGUCUGCACACACAGAGAUGCUUCUAUGCAAUCCUUUUAAUAGACUGCUGCAUCUUGCUGUGUUUAUAUUCCUCAUGCUCACAAGCACAGUGUUAAAAUGCAAGCAAUGUUGUGGAGAAUAAUCUUUACAGAGACUAACUGUGGAGAAGUGGCAUCCCAAGGAACCUAAGCCAAAUGUAAAUGAUGUUGUGAAAUGAUUGGGCUUUCAGUUUGCGAGCCUUUGGUAAAUUGGUCUAUGCAAAACAUUAAUAGCUCUGUAAUGUAUCAGAAGAGUAUAAGAACUGUACAUAGGUGUCAAAUUAGAUAUAUUUUUUUCAGAGGAAAUUUGAUGUAUUUGAUCAAUGCUGAAUACUGAAUCAACAGUGUAUAUAAACACUGUAUUAUAUUGUUGGCCUUCCAGUCCGAAAAUGUAGCAGUGAUGUUCUAUUUUGAGAGCCACUUCCUUUUAACACAGAGUUAACCCAUUUGAGCAAUGGCUGCAAUGGCUUUUGCAACAAAGAAAUAUAUGUAUUUCAAUAAAAAAAAUUCUCAUUACCAGACAUAUAUUCCACAAGCAAGAACAUGUAGACCUUAGUUCUGUGUUGGAUUACCAGUAUAUCACUAGGUUUACCUUUAAAUAACCAAUUAGUUUUGGGUUCCUUAAAGGCUUUAUCUCAAGUAAACUUUCCUUUCAUUGCACUAGACCGGUAAUUCUCAAUCUGUGGUCCCUGGAAAAGUUACAUAAUUUACGGAAAGGAAGCCACAGCAUAGUUUGCAUAGUUUCCGAUUGCAAACCUAAAAUUUGAGACCUUAAAAACUCAGCUACAGAUGCAGGAAGACAAUGCAUGCAUGGAAAAUGUCUAACUCUCUGUCAUAUAUAGUUUUGGAGUUUCUAAAAUGUAUUCGUUACCAGGGAGUUUUCAUGUGUUGCACGCACGUGUUUUCAAAAUAGCAACUUGUAAAGUAACACAUGACAAGGCAUGUGUUGUGUUGCAUUAAUAUAUGGCUGUAUGUUAAUGCAACACAACACACAAGCACUGGCGUGGUAUCCCACUUAUAAACCGGAUGCGAUUAAAAAAAUAAUUUAAAAAUAAAAGAAAAAAUAUUAUAUAUCCUUCCGCUUUAUUUGUUGUAAACAUUAAACUGGAGGUUUUCAGCGUUUCCGUUUAUUAUAUUUUAUUCAAGUGAAUGAAGCCUCAGUGCUGGUCGCAAUCGCUCCGUCAACAGAGAUGACAUAACCCGCAAUGUUAGCCAAUGUUAGUGACAAAGCAUUUAAAAAUGCCAAUCAUGUAUUAUUGUGGAUAAUGAAAAGAUACAGAAAAUGAGGCAAAUACCAAUUCACUAUCCAUGCAUUACUACCGCUGACCUGGAGAAGCUAAUACAAAAAUACAUUAUUGACAUUAUUGCAAUGGCUUUGUCACUAACAGGCUACGAUUGUAGUUUAUGUCAGCACUGUUAACGAAGCGAUUGAGACCAGCACGGAGACUAACAUAACAAAACUGAGGGUGCUUGAGCAGCAGAAUUGUGUACUGAAGCAUAGCAUUAUCGCAACAGACCGAUUACCACGUCUUUAUCAUCAAAUCAAUAAAAACACCAGCUGCAGAAGCAUUUUUGUUUUCAUUAAGUUGUUGAUUUGUUAAAUCUUUGUGUUCUUGCUUCAAGGUUUUGCUUCUUGUAAUUAUAUACACUUGUACACUGUCAUACCUGUGAAACAAUCAAAUGUGACGAAUGUCACUCAUUUUUACUUCAGAAAGACCUCUCACAACAAUGUGCAUAUUUAUUGCGAGCUUUAUAUGUUGUGUAUUGAUAAUUUAUUAAUUGAACUGCUUCGGCAAAAGUGUAUUCUGUCGCGCAUUGUACUAUUCUGCACGGUAAAAAAAAAAAAAAAAAUUCACAGAUUAUUAAUUCACAUAAAUCAAUUUCUGCUGUAAUUAUCAAUUUAAAAAUAAAACAGUGAGUUUUCUUCCCUCUCGGUAAAUUCAUGUUAAUGAAAAGUAUACUAGAACCGUUCUUUAAAACUCCAAUUUUAAAAUAACUUUGCUCAUAGAAACAGACUCACCCAUCGCAGGGAAACAAAGUAUGGUAAGUCUACGGUUAUUCUUAGUAUUACAGUGAUUUCUUAUGUGCUUAUUUUUCAGUGACCUAUACUGUUUAAUGUGUGGUCUGCCGACAUCAUAAAAAAUACUAAUUUGAGAACCACUGCACUAGACAAUUAACAAAUUAAAUAUUUGCACCCACCUAGCAAACCUUCUCACAGCUGGCUUUGUUAUAUUGGCCAGUCUUAAUUUCUGCUCAUAACAUGUAUGCAUUUUUCCAUUAAAUUACUAAGAUAUUUGUAUAAUGUUUAAACCAAGUUAACAAAUCAGCCAUGAAAUAUUAACACAAUGACUGUCAGCCCUGAUUUAGGUAUUGCUUUGUUGUUUAGCACCUCCUGCAAACUAUGUUCAACUUUAUUAUAAGACCAUUUCAGAAUAUGAACGUGCAUCCCACCCAGUCAUUGUUUCAUGACUGAAGUCAAAACAGUUAGUGUCUUUAAUCAUUCCUAGAAAUGUGAUAACCUUGAUUCAUUUGGCAAUGAACCAAUAAAGUACCUGCUCUUCAA